AAAAAUCCCGUCCAGCUGCCAACGUCAUGUCAAUACACAAUUACACCAUACAGCAGUAAUGUCUGUCAACUGCUUAUCGAAUUUCAGCGCUUUGAGUUGCGCACCCCAACCGCGGACACAGCCUCGGCCACACUGACCUGCACCGACUCCUUUUCGGUGGGCGGCUACACACUGUGUGGAGAAAAUAAUGGUCAACACUUGUAUUUGCCAUUCAAUGUGGCAGCUGGUGCUUCACAAAUCUUAUUGGACUUCAGUUUGCCCACACAAUAUUCACUAUCCACAUGGUACUUGGUGGUCACACAGCUAGAGUGUCCAGCGGCGAAAAAACGCGUUGGUAAUGGCGUUUUGCUGCCCUUUAUGGGCCAAACAAAUCUACAGGAUUUGCGUACGAUUUUCUCUACAAAGCAUAGCGAUUUGGAUUUAUUAGCACCACCCGGUUGCUUGCAGUACUUCCGAGAUCCGGCGGGCCAAAUUAAAAGUUUCGGAAGCGACUACUAUUUGGCAGAUAUGAAAUAUACAAUCUGCAUAAAACCAUUGCCAGGCACAACGAUGAUUGAGUAUACUGUAAAUAGAUUUUCGCUUUCCGCGGAGCAAGAUGGCCUAUACUAUGACGAAUCUUGCCACCCAACUAUAUACACAGAGGGUCGGCAAAACGACUAUCUGAUGAUACCGAAUGCGAUGUUCAGGGAUAAUAUGGAUUUCCAGCCGACUUACUACUGUGGACUGGGUCUAACAACAAGUCAGGUGCUAGUUGCAACUGCGCCAUAUAUUAUGUAUUUCUCCAGCGAUAGCCAGUGGAGCUCAGUUGAAACAGGUUUUAGUAUAUCGUAUGUUGUAAGGACGACAAUAAACUGAUAAUAGUGGCGAUGUUUUCAUUAUAUGAAUGCGAUAACUGUGUAUUUUUUUUUUUACAAAAUUGGUGUUUUUAAGCAAUGAAAUCUAUGUGAAA